GCUCCAUCAAAUGAACAAGAAUUUGAAAAAAAGCUUUAACCCAUAUGCUUCUGAAACCCUAUUGCUUUUUGUUUAAUCUAUGGAUGCACCUCACGAAAUGGAAGACUAUAAAAGGAAGAGCCAAAGGGUUACGUUGUUUUUCUGUACUUUUUCUGUACUUAAAAUUGAUGGUAGGAUGACAAAUUGAUGCACUGCGGCAAGAAUAAUCGAAAGGGAACAAUCUAUGUGUGAGCGAACAAUUUUAAACCCCACAGCAAUUUAUUCAAGCACCGGCAAAGCAGGUUCAUUGAGUUGAAGAUUAUACUCUGAAUUCAUAUUGAUUCAGGCUCUUGCUGUGAUUUUUCUUUUCAUUGGAUAAGCAAUUUAAAGAGAGAAGAAUGAAACAGCAAGUGUGGAGGUCAGCUUCUUCCCAGAUUUUUAAAGAAUUGAGGAGAUGCAGGCCUGAUGUCAGGCUAUCAAGUAAUGUUUUGCCAGGUUUCUCAUCACAAAUUUGUGAACAAAUCGGCAGUGCACAUGGUAUGGAAGUCAACUGUAAAAAUAAAGUUCUAAAGUCAAAUGGAAUGCAUUGGAUGCUUCCUUUCUCAGUUCGCACCCUUGCUUCUAGUUCUGCAACAGAGUCCAAUCACCAAACCAAGCAAGAGACUUUGCCCUCAAAUUACAAGAAACAUGAUAGAGAUGUUGCUAAAAAGGAGGAUCCUUUUGAUCCUCUAACAGACCAAAUUCCAGAGCAGCCGGUAACUUUUGCCGAAGGUGCUUCCUACAGUCUUGUUAUAUUGGCAGGGUUGGCUGUCGCAGCAGGUGCUGCAUAUGCUGUAUUUAAGGAGCUUAUAUUUGAACCUAAAGAGUACAAGAUCUUUGGGAAGGCCUUGGAGAGAGUGCAGAAUGACAGUCAGGUUAAAGUCCGGAUAGGAUCUCCUAUCACUGGGUAUGGCCAGGAAAGUAGGAAUCGUGCUGCCCGCCAACGAAUUUCUAAUAGAAAAUGGACUGAUGAAGAUGGAAUUGAACGUGUUGAGGUGAAUUUUUACGUUCGUGGUCCCCAUGGAGCUGGUAAAGUAUACAGUGAAAUGUUCAAGGAUAAAAUAGAUAAGAAUUGGAAGUUUACAUAUUUAAUUGUAGAUGUCACAUCACCCACCCGGACACAACUGAUGCUGGAAUCUUAUGUUCCAGCGUGAUGUAUGAGUAAAAUUUGGAAGUUUGCUGGUGUUAGUAUGCCUGAUUAGGCAGCGGAUUUUUCAAUCUCUUAUACAAUAACAUAUUUCUCUCAACUCACAGGAAACUUUAAUUUAACCAAUUUUUAAUUGUCCAAUAGGUUUGUCCUUUUGUUUUCUUAAGUUAUCUCCUACAGGGGUGCGGAAAUAUGGUGAUCUGGUUACAAUUUUCUAACCUUCACUCUUAGAAAGGUAAGACAACCCAUUGCUGGUCAACUUUGGGUGCUUGAGGAAACAAAUUCCCCCUGAUUCUAUUUAUUAAUAUUUUUGCUCAGUUUGCUGCGGUGGAUAACUCUCCACCACAGAUGUGGUGAGGUGUUACCCUGUAGAAUAUUUUGAUUCGCUUGUAAUUCAAUGAUAAGGGGACACAAGGUUUCUCCUUUCCUGACA